AAUGAUUACCUCUUAAUUCAUUAAUUUCAGCUGCUGUCAUUUACAGUACUGUAACGAACAGCCUGCCAGAUGUAAUAAGUUUUAUCUGGCCUGCAAUAUUCUACUGUACAAUCUAAACAGCAAUGAAAUUUCGUUUUGUUUGCUCUGGUUUUAUUUUGCACUUCAGUACUGACAAUAGAAGCAUCGUCGAAAAGCAGCUUCUUAGGUUAAGAGAUAAAUGUGUAAUGAAUUAUUUUUGCUAGUGAAUUUUUAACAGAUGUGAGAACUUUGAAAGUGCAAAACUAAUUUCUACCUUUUGUUAAAAAAAAAAAAAGUUGUUCAUAAACUGCUGGUUUCUCUUUCUUUCAUUAACUUAAUGGGUCUUACUGAAAUCAUUUCUCUCCAUUUGUUUGCACUAAUUAAUGAUAACGGUGCCUUUUGAUAUUCCUAAUUUGGUCAGGAAGUUAGAACUCAUUAAUGCUGUUUGCUCAUUACUUUUUGUGUAUUUCAAAAACGUCAGCUUCUGACGUUAGAGCUGUUUUAAACUAACGGCGUGUAGUAGUGUUUAACUAGCAGAACAUUUCAGACUUUCCUCCUAUUUCAACGAUGUUUCGUGUAACCAAGCGUUUGCUGCCGGCCUUGUGGUGGACAUGCCUCAUCAUUUUCAAGAAAAUAACAUGCGAAGCUUGUAUCUCAUACAGCUUUCACCUUCGCCACGGUAGCACUGGAAACUUUAGUAGCCCAGACUAUCCUAACAUAACGCAAACAAAAUUCAACUAUACCUGGAUUAUCUCUGUCCCUGAGGAUCAUCACGUGCUUCUAACUCUGCACAUCCCAGCCCCUCUUCCUCAAGCCGGUUCAUGUUGGAUGAAUAUUCGUGAUGGGAUGUUUCCGUCGAGCCGUCAUAUUGGACAAUUUGAUAGCGCGAUGGGCAUUUUUCCAGCAAAACCUUGGUCAGUGUUAUCCUCAGGAAAAGAUCUCGGGGUAAACGUUAACACGUGCAGAUUCAACCACAGGCCCAUAAUUUGUCAUUUUUCCUUCAAAGCAGUCAAAACGAACGAAAGUAAGUCAUUAAUGACAGCAUUUUUUUCAACGUUUUGACAUAAUUUUU